AUGUCUAACAGAAAGAACACCGCGGCAAGCCUGUUGUUGCGACAAUACCGGGAGCUCACGGACCCGAAGAAGGCGAUUCCGUCGUUCCACAUCGAACUCGACGAUGACAGCAAUAUCUUCUCGUGGAACAUCGGAGUCAUGGUUUUGAACGAGGACUCCAUCUACCAUGGCGGCUACUUCAAGGCGCAGAUGCGUUUCCCCGAGGACUUCCCGUUCAGCCCGCCAAGCUUUCGGUUCACGCCUGCCAUCUACCACCCCAACGUUUAUAGAGACGGCAGGUUGUGCAUAUCCAUCUUGCAUCAGAGCGGAGACCCGACGUCGGACGAACCCGACUCGGAGACGUGGUCGCCGGUACAGACGGUGGAGAGCGUGUUGAUCUCCAUCGUGUCGCUUCUCGAGGACCCCAACAUCUCGUCGCCCGCGAACGUGGACGCGGCGGUGGACUACCGCAAGAACCCGGAGCAGUAUAAGCAGCGCGUGAAGCUCGAGGUGGAGCGCUCGAAACAGGACAUUCCACCGGGGUUUGUCAUGCCGACGUCCCAGACGGCCUACAUAUCACAGCGCAACACGGAGCCGGAGGAGGCGAAGGACGUGGGCGACAACUUCUGGUACGACAGUGAGGAGGACGAUGACAUGUACGGCGACGACGACGACGACGCCGACAACGGCCACAGCAACGAGGAGCCCGAGUUCGAGGAGGAAGACGAUGACGACAGCAUGGAUAACGACAGCGUUAUGGAUAAGAGGAAACCCGACAAGGCAGACGAGGAGUCCGAAGACGUAGAUGAUGUCAAGCUAGAUAUAAAUAAAUGA